GUUCAAACAUCUACCAUCAACACUAGACUCUAGACAUCUAGACAUCAGUCUAUUCUCUACAGGAUGACAAAAUGUGUCAAGUUUAAAACUGUUUCUUCUACACCUACUCUAAAGGAGGAAUUGUACUGAAAUGAAUAGAGAGGAAAUGAGUGAGGACAGUGUCGUCAGUGUAAGAUAUUAGUGUGUACAGUCGGAUCGUCCCUUUCCUGGAAAGAAAACAAUACAUUUGACAAAACAGCGAAUGAAUGAAAGAAGAAGAAUGCAUGAAGACUACGUGCCCUCAUAUGGAGAAAGAAUAUAAGCCUGAUGACUGUAUGAUAAUGAAGAAAUUUGAUCAAACAUAAGCCACAAAUUACUUUUCAAGCAGCAAACCUGACUAUGGAGACACAUCCUAUCACAAAAGCAGGACAUACCGUGUCUGAACUUCUGGAGGACUCUGGGAAUUGUCGACGACUCAUCGACCAGGAGCUGUAUCUUCUCAGUGACUCUCUCUUUAGUGAGCAGAAGAAGCUAAGGCAUGUUUUGGACUGGGCUCAAAGUUUCCUCAAUAGUGGGUCAGAUGUUCACCACCAGUUCUGCAGAGCUGACAGCUUGAAAUUGGCCGAUGAACAGUGGAAAAAAUCAACUGCAUCUAAGCAGUCAUCUGCCACUACUUACUAUCAUCCUGUCUCUUGUAACCCAGGCGUCAAUGAGGUAUUUGAAGCUUUUCCAGAUGAACCCUGCAUCUCCUCCUUUACACCAGGGGGGAGAGACAAGGAGUACAGAAAAACCCAUGAAAAUUUGAAAAGUAGGGAGCUACAGGAUGUCACUGAUAAACAAACCAGCCAUGGCAACAACUGCAGAACAAGAGGUCUGUUUAUGUCCAAUCAAAGACCACACACAAGAUUAUCAGACAGAAACACAAGUCAAAUGCUGACAUCAGAUGGUUUAACAUGCUCGGUUAAAGAAUCCACAUUGUGCAAUGUGGACAGCAUGGUGUUUGGCACCGGGAGAAACAUGAAACAGAGUUUUAAAACAGCAGGAGCUCAGCCAGAAAGCGACAUAUCAGGACAUCAGAUGGAGCUCAGAAAAGUAAAAGUUGAGGGGAAGAUGGGAACAAAGAUGAAAGUUGCAAAAGAGGAACUAGAAGAUUCUAGGAUGGGCAAAAGGAAGGGACAGAUAAGUCAAGAACAAGAAUCUAGUUCAGCUUUUGCAUUGUAUGCAAAGAAUAACAUGAGCAACAGUGAGCCAGAGAAGACACAGGAACGAAUGGAAAAGACUUCAAACAUCAGCUGUUUUUUGAAAACACAACCAACUUUAACUGUGUAUCAGCAAUACCAGCGUUGUGUGGAUCAAUUGCAUCACAUCAGAGCAAGACAAAGCCAAUAUACCGAACCAGGAUGCUUCAUAGAUUCCCCAUCAAAAGACAGAAAGACAUCUGAAGAAAUUGCACCACAAUAUCCUGAGAUUGCCAAACGUCUGAAUAAGGCAGGAAGCAAAAGGGUUACAGCUGCAGAAAUCUCAAAGGAGAGGAGUUCAGGUGUUGUUAAUAAAAACCAGGACAGAUCUGAAUACAAUAGAAGUAGGGCAAAACUUAAGGAAAAUGGACAGCACCAACGUUUGACUGUGAAGGAAACACCUGCAGCCAGUAAACCAGUUUGUCAGAAAAACAAAAUGACCACCAACUCACAUUUGGAUCAUGAUAGCAACACAUGUGGUGCAUUAAUAAAAGCAACUGCAGGAGUCACAACCUCAAUUAAUGAGGUUAUUAAUACGCAUAUGGAGCAACUUGGCACUGCACCCGGCAACAAUGGUACCGUAGUGGAGGAGGAAGCUGCACUAACCACUAACCCAGGUUAG